GAAACGGACUCCUUACUCAUCAUCAGUCUUCAGGUUUCAUAAGGUGACCCUUAUUCCUAUACGCCGUCGUUUCUCUGUUUCGACUUUGAAGCCCUAUCUGCCGCAACGCGACGCGACUUCCUCCGACGACGCGAGCCGAGUGCUCAUAAAAGGAAUAGUAGUAAGCACAUUCAUCUCCCCUAGAUAUGAACUCAGUUGCAAGGCGUUUAUCAAGAUUAUUCAGACAUUCAGGUUUCACGCCUGAACCCUUCAAUAAUGGCCAUCAUCAAAUGCAGAAGCUUCAGCAAUGCAGAGGCAUAAGAGUGAAGGUCAUAGGUGGGAACUUGGAAGCAGCAUUGGGAUUGAUGCAGCGUAAGAUGCAAUCAAGUGGGAUUGAGAGGAUGAUAAAGCAAGAGCAAAGAUUCCAUAUCAAAAACUCUGAGAAGCGUGUUUUAGCCCAAAAGAACUUGGAGCGGAAGAUUCGAUCUGAAGAUCUUGCUAGGAAACUUAAGGCCAUUAUGAUCAAGAAAGUCAGGGGUCUAUGAGAAAGUUGCAUUUCACACAAAAAAGGGCCGACAUAAGUUGCAGUUAUUUUAUAAUUUGCAUGUGGCCACUGCAGUUGACACAUUCUUUCCAAUGCUCGAAUCAGGUUGUAUGUACUUUGGUAGCUGUGAUUUUGUGUUUCAGAUGCAUUUGCAAUCUAUACUAUGAAUAAAGUAUACAUUUUAUGAUAAGUAUGACUAUGGUUUGGUCAAGUCUUGAAUCUGAGUCAAGAUGUUGAAUGUUCUUUAGUUGUGAUGGAAGCAGUUUUCAAGCAGCAGUUGGAUGCAGGAUGAUCCUGUUAUUUCUUUUUACUGGGAUAAUUUGUUUAAUAUGGUCCUUACAGAAUAGAAUUGACGUAUUUAAUGAAUUCUAGUCCCAUAUCACUUGUUGAAA